AUGUUUCAUCUGGAGGCUUUAAGGGACGAAGUAAGAUUGUUGAAAGAAGAUGAAGCGAUGUUGGAGAAUAAGGUAGCUGAUACCUAUCACCUGGAAGAGAAACUGCUUGUUUUUAAAGGUGUUAGAAAAUUGAAGAGUAAUCUUGGAGAGUCAGUGUUGAAGAAUACCGACUUACAAGCGAGCGUGAGUAGUUUGAUUGUCCAGUUUGAUAAGAAAAUCGACAUGAAGAGGGCAAAGCUUGAUAAAACACAUAAUACAAAAAAGGCAAAGCUUAAUAAAACAGAUACACAUUCUGCAACUGUAGCUCCUCAGGAUGUAGAACUUGAAGAAGAAGCUGAUGACAUUGAUGUUGUGGAGGUAGAUGUUAAAGUAGAGGGUGAAGAAGAUCAUGUAAAAAUGGAAAGGGAAAGGUGGUCUAAGGUAUGGAAGUAUUAUACUAGACUUCCAAUUGGUGCAGAUGGUAGGGAAAGGGCUGAAUGUGAUAAGUGCAAAAAAAGAUACAUUUGUGAAACAAAAAAUGGAACAGGUAGCUUGAGAAAUCACAUUGCAAAGUGUCCAAGAAGGGACAAAAGUGACAUAGCACAAUUCAGUUUUGCAAAAUCAGGUGGUUCAAUUUCAAUAAAUUCCACAGUUUUUAAACCCGAAAGAUUCCGUGAACUUAUUAGUGAAGCUAUUGUCAAGCAUGACCUUCCCUUUAGGUUUGUAGAGUAUGAGGGUAUUAGAGAAAUCUUUAGUUACUUAAAUGAAAAAGUUACCACAAUUACUAGAAACACCGCUAAAGAAGAUGUGCUGAAUUUGUUUAAAAGAGAAAAAGGAAAACUCAAGAAAUUGUUUGAGUUACUUCCUGGUCGAAUUUCAUUAACUGCUGAUUUGUGGUCUUCUAUUAACACAGAUGGUUUCUUGUGUGUUACUUCUCACUUUAUUGAUGAGGAGUGGAAGUUGCAAAAAAGAAUUUUGAACUUUCAAUAUAUGCCACCUCCACAUAAUGGCGUAUGUUUGACCGAAACAAUAUCUACUUUAUUGACCAAUUGGGGGAUUGAUAAAAAGUUGUUUACAAUCACGUUAGAUAAUGCUGCAAGUAAUGAUACUUUUGUCAAUCUCCUAAAAGGUCAAUUAUGUAAUGAAGGUGCACUUCAUAGUAACGGAGAUUAUUUUCAUGUUCGAUGUUGUGCUCACGUGUUGAAUUUAGUUGUGCAAGAUGGCUUGAAGGCUAUUGAUGAAGGGAUUGUCAAAAUUAGAGAAUCUAUCAAGUACGUGAAGGGAUCUUCAGUAAGGAAAAGAAACUUUCUGAAUUGUGUGAAACAGGUUAAUUUGAAUCCAAAUAAAGGCUUGCGACAAGAUGUUCCAACUAGAUGGAAUGCUACUUUUCUUAUGAUUGAAAGUGCCCUUUUUUAUCGUCGUGCUUUUUUCCGUUUAGCACUAAGUGAUUCUAAUUACUUAGAUUGUCCAAGUAAUGAAGAAUGGGGCAAAUUAGAAAAGAUUUUCAAAUUUUUGGAAGUAUUUUAUGAAGUCACAUGCAUUUUUUCUGGAAAUAAGUAUUGCACAGCAAACUUAUAUUUUCCUUCAGUUUCCACGGUUGAAAGAACUUUAAAAGAAGAAAUAGAAAGUUCGGAUACGUUUAUAAAGAUAAUGGCUUGCAAAAUGUAUGAGAAGUUCUCUAAAUAUUGGUCCGAGUAUAGUCCAAUUUUGGCCAUGGCUGCAGUUUUGGAUCCACGUUAUAAAAUGCAAUAUGUUGAGUUUACUUACAAAAAACUCUAUGGAAGCAGUUUUCGUGAGCAUAGUGAUUGUAUUCGGGAGAAGUUACAUGAUCUAUUUGGUGAAUACGUUAUUGAAUCACCCAUGGCUUAUAGAGCAUCAACCAUUUCAACAAGUGAUUCAAGUAAAAGUGUUUACAAAAAGAAAGAUGACACAACACUUAGUAAAAGCACGAGAGAAAUGCUACAAGAGUUCACAGUGUAUGAAACUAAGGAGUUUGCUUUGUCUCAAAAAUCACAAUUAGAGAUGUAUCUAGAUGAGCCAAGAAGUGACAUAACUGAAGAUAUAAAUGUACUUUCUUUUUGGAAAGCCCAUCAAUAUCGUUAUCCGGAACUUGCUUCCAUGGCUCGAGAUAUUUUGAGCAUCCCUGUUUCCACUGUGGCAUCCGAAUCAGCCUUUAGUAAUGGUGGUCGUAUUCUUGAUCAAUAUCGAAGUUCGUUGAAACAUGAAAAUGUUGAAGCUCUAAUUUGUGCAAAAGAUUGGUUGUUUGGGAUUAAAGGUGAUGAAGAGUUAUGUUUACAAGAUCUUACCGAAGAUGUUAUGAAGUUUGAUAACAAUGCUAAUGGUACACAUGAAGAAAUGGAGUCACAAGCUUGA